AUGUCGGUGCCAUGUGUGAUCCUCAAACCUGCCGAUAUGCCUAACGACGGAAGUUCACCGGCGAUCCUGUGCAGCCACGGGCACGGUCCCUUCGGCAAGGAACCUGUUGCAGGCAACGCCUCAUCCGAGGCAAUGCGGGCUAAUAUUGCAAGGCACAACUAUAACUACGCUGAGCAAAUGGCUCGCAGGGGUUUUCUGACGAUAAGUCCAGACCUUAGGUGCUUCGGUGAACGUUCCGAUGGGUCGGAUCCCUAUCCGGGCCGCGACCGUUGCAAUGUUCACUUCGUACGCGGCGCGGUUAUGGGCAUAUACACUCUCACACUGAACAUCUGGGACAUGAUGCGUAGCAUAGACUACCUGCAAAGCCGGCCCGAAGUUGAUCCGGAGAGAAUCGGGAUGAUGGGGCUGUCGCAAGGUGGAACAAUGACAACCUACACUGCGGCAAUCGAGCCUAGAAUCAAGGCCGCCGACAUCAUCGGAUAUCUUAACCCAUGGGCCGAAUUCGGCAUUGCGAAUGCCAAUUUCUGCGGCUCCCAAAUUGUGCCCGAGGUGUACAGAUACCUGGACACUCACGACAUCGCAGGACUCAUUGCCCCUCGACCUUUGCUCGUUGAGAUGGGUGUCCACGACACAACAUUUCCUAUCGAGGACAUGCUGAGCGGCUUUGAAGGAGUAAAGCGAAUCUACGCCGCCGCCGAAGCGUCCGAACAUCUAUGGGCGGAUAUUCAUCCGGGGGAGCACGCAUUCGCGGCAAACAAGGCGUUCGAAUUCUUCCACCGGUACUUGUGA